UACUGUUGUGGAAUCAAUAGAACACAUAAAGGCGGAUCCUUACCGUCAUAACACUAAUAUCUCUCCUCCAGACAAGGAAGCCGGAAGUGCGUUCUUCUUCUACGUUUUCAUCACGCACCACACUGACACUGGUCGCCCUGGCGUAGUAACUGCUCCGGGGGCGCUGGGGAAAACAACAACUAGCAGGCUGAGCUGUUAGCAACUAUUACUAUUAAAGUAGAGUUGGAUUAAAUCGCAGCACAUCGGGCGUCGUUUUCAAUUCAACCCCAUGGCGAUGAGAGAGGCAGUGGUCCAUGAAGAGAUCUGGAUACACAGAGAGUGGCUUGUCCACCAGGGACAUCGUCAGGCACUGGAGCACAGAUAACACAUCCAAACUGAUAAACCAUGAUUCCCAUCACUGAGCUGCGGUACUUUGUGGACACACAGCCAGCAUACCGCAUCCUGAAACCAUGGUGGGAUGUAUUCACGGACUACAUCUCCAUAGUUAUGCUUAUGAUUUCUGUGUUUGGGGGGACGCUGCAGGUCACUCAGGACAAGAUGAUCUGCUUGCCCUGCAAAUGGGUUGUCAAUCAGACCUGCAAGAAGAACUUCAAUUCUACCCUCGCCACAUCAUUGUUCUUGGAGCCCAAAGGGAUCCAGUAUGAUCUGGACCGCCACCAGUACAACUAUGUGGAUGCUGUGUGCUAUGAGAAUAGAUUGCACUGGUUUGCCAAGUAUUUUCCUUACCUAGUAUUGCUUCACACACUUAUUUUCCUAGCUUGCAGCAACUUUUGGUUCAAGUUCCCAAGGACAAGUUCCAAACUAGAGCACUUUGUAUCCAUCUUGCUGAAGUGCUUCGACUCCCCAUGGACAACUAGGGCGCUGUCGGAGACUGUGGUUGAAGAGAGCGACCCAAAACCAAUGAAAAUGAACGGCUCAAUGGACCACAAGGAGUCUGUUAUCAGUGAGGAUGUUGAAGCAAGUGUUCCCAUGCUCCAAAGGACAAAGACACGCUUUGAGCAGGGCAUCGUAGAUAGAACAGAAACCGGGGUUUUGGACAAGAAAGAGGGUGAACAGGCUAAAGCCCUGUUUGAAAAAGUAAAAAAGUUCCGUAUACACGUUGAAGAAGGAGACAUUGUGUACAGACUGUAUAUCCGUCAGACUAUCAUCAAAGUCAUCAAGUUUAUUUUGAUAAUCUGCUAUACAGGGUAUUACGUUCGCGAUAUUAAAUUCAGUGUCGACUGUUCGGUAAAUAUAGAGAGCCUGACAGGUUACAGCGUGUACCGUUGUGCUCACCCACUGGCAACACUUUUUAAAAUCUUGGCCUGUUUCUACAUUAGCUUAGUGAUGGUGUAUGGUUUGAUCUGCAUGUACACACUUUGCUGGAUGCUUCGGCGCUCUCUGAAGAAGUACUCCUUCGAGUCGAUACGGGAAGAGAGCAGCUACAGUGACAUACCCGAUGUGAAGAACGACUUUGCAUUUAUGAUGCACAUGAUCGACCAGUAUGACCCUCUGUACUCAAAACGCUUUGCUGUGUUCCUCUCAGAAGUAAGUGAGAAUAAGCUGAGGCAGCUCAAUCUCAACAAUGAGUGGACCCUGGACAAGCUCAGGCAGAGGAUUACGAAGAACUCUCAGGAGAAGCUGGAGUUGCACCUUUUCAUGCUGAGUGGCAUACCAGACACAGUAUUUGACCUGAUGGAGCUGGAAGUUCUUAAACUGGAGCUUAUCCCCGAUGUCACCAUUCCCCCGAUCAUCGCCCAGCUCGUCAACCUGCGGGAGAUGUGGCUUUACCACACGCCGGCCAAAAUCGAAGCUCCUGCACUGGCUUUUCUGCGUGAGAACUUAAAGUCUCUACACAUCAAGUUCACUGACAUCAAAGAGAUUCCCUUAUGGAUCUACAGUUUGAAGAACCUGAGUGAACUUCAUCUUACAGGGAAUCUGAGCGCGGAGAACAACCGUUACAUUGUCAUUGAUGGUCUCCGUGAGCUCAAGAGGCUCAAAGUUCUUCGUCUGAAGAGCAAUCUCACCAAGCUACCUCAAGUGGUGACGGAUGUGGGCAUGCACCUCCAGAAGCUUUCUGUCAAUAAUGAAGGCACCAAGCUAAUGGUGCUCAACAGCCUGAAGAAGAUGGUAAACCUGACAGAACUGGAGCUCAUUCGCUGUGAUCUAGAGCGCAUACCACACUCAAUCUUCAGUUUGCACAACUUGCAGGAGAUUGAUCUGAAGGACAACAACCUGAAGACCAUCGAGGAGAUCAUCAGCUUCCAGCACCUUCAUCGGCUGGUCUGCCUUAAGCUCUGGUACAACCAGAUCGCCUAUAUUCCCAUCCAGAUUGGCACCCUGACCAACCUGGAGAAACUGUACCUGAACAGAAACAAGAUUGAGAAGAUCCCCAGCCAAUUGUUUUAUUGCCGCAAGCUGCGCUUCCUGGACCUGAGCCAUAACAACCUAACCUAUAUCCCUACAGACAUUGGCUUCCUACAGAAUCUUCAGUACCUGGCAGUGACAGCCAACAGGAUUGAGGGCUUGCCUAAUGAGCUGUUCCAGUGUAAGAAGCUUCGCACUUUGAACUUGGGGAACAAUUGCCUGCAGUCUCUGCCAUCACGGUUUGGAGAGCUGACCGGGCUGACACAACUAGAGCUGAGAGGAAACCGGCUGGAGUGUCUGCCCGUGGAGCUGGGUGAGUGCCGACAGCUAAAGAGAACCGGUCUCGUGGUAGAGGAGGACCUUUUCAACACCCUGCCCACGGAGGUCAAAGAACAGUUAUGGAAAACUGACAAAGAACAAGCUUGAACAGGACUGUGGCUGUAAGUGAAAACGGAUAUUGACCAACUGGGCCCAGACACAGGAGAAAACGCCUGUUCUGUGUGCAAGAGCUCGUUGAAGCAGGCAGUAGACCUGCUGCAGUAUACUGUCAUUAAGGAUGGGUAUCAUGAACAAGAGCCAGUUUGGCAGAACCAAAAAUACUGAUAGUUUCAGGUUGUUCUGUGAAGACUUAAGUGUGCAGUUGGUUUUCCAUCUUUUACAAACAACUUCUCAGGCCUACCAUUAUAACCCAGUAACAAUGCUUUUUAGCAUAAUGUAGCAUUGCCAAGUUUAAAAAUGAUAAACUGCAGACCAACUUUAUUACAGACAGAAAAGAACUUGAACAAAGUUUCACCGCUCUCAAUAGCUUAAACAUCAGGUCUAAUGAAGAGAGAAUACCUUAUGAAAAUAAUCUGUCCAGUAUUGUUAGAUUUACAAAUGAGAUAGAAAGGAGACCUCGAAGACUUCUCUAUUUUUUAAUUUCUGUGUAUGCAUUGUCAAACUGAAAACAUCGCUUGUUCCACUUAUUUCAGUUUGUGACAGGCAAGAGGCUAUAACUCAUUAUAUUAUAUCACAAAAUGCUCUAUUUGUGUAUAGGGGAUGAUAUUAACAGUCAUAAAUAAACUGUACAGUCAUGAUAGCAUCUUCAGGGUUUAGAUCAGAAUAGUGUCAUUCAUCACUGAAUUGAUAUAAUCUGUAACUCUGGUGGUCAUUGGCUUUGUGCUGAAGAGGGAUGGCAAUGGCAGAAAUAGCUUGUGUACUUGUUUUGAAAUUCAUUGAUCCUUUAGUCUGAAAGGGUCAUCAAGGAGACUGUUAGAUGUACAAGUCCUGCAGAAAGGUUGUCUUUGGUUGGCCUGACAACAUGUGCUAUUAGACAAGAAAGUUUGCCAGAAUUAAUUCCUUUUUCUUGGGUAAGAUCGGUGUUGCGCUUGACCACCAGCUGUGCUUGAGGAGAGGCAGUUAUUCCGCUGAAUGCUACCAAGUGUAAUAGUAUUACAAAACAUCUGUGAAGCAUGCUGUCAGCACGAAGAUACCCAAGUCCUUACUGCCAGUAUACUAUCACUGGGGAUUCUGUUCUAAUCUAUUUUAUGAUCAUGCUGCAUCUGCAUUGUUUGUUUGUAAUGAAUUGCAAAUCUGAACAAAUCUGGGAAAAAAUGCUGAGAAGGUUUUGAAUGAGAUGAAUCGUGUCUGUCGAGUCAACAGAAUUAGAAGUGUAUGCAGGAUAAUAGCGUAUUGACAUUGAAAUUGAGCCUCCAAACAUUGGCAAUAUUUCUAAAACGUACAUAAUACUAGAUUGAUUGCUGACUUUUUUUGUGGUGCAAAUGUAGUUGGCACUGGUCUGCUUUUUUGUCCUGAGAGUGGAGUGAUAUUGUCUGCAAAUGACAAGUGAAAAAAAGACUUUUCUUCAGUUAGGUUUUCUAAGCACCAGGCCUUGUCUUCAUUUCAGUUUGUUAUAAUAACAUUAAUUAGUAAAUUAAUUAAUAUGUUUCUACCUUCAAUAGGGUAGUGUGAGAUUAUAUCUCCAAACAAAGAAAAUUUAAAUAGCUGUAUUAUAAUUUUGGCCAUAUAUGUCCAUUUCUGAUACACGUUUCUGAAAUUCAAAUUUGAAAGCUUUUACGUUGAAAAGUUUAAAGCUUGUUUUGAUGUUUAAAGCAACAUUCCAGUUAAUGGAAUGAAAAGUGGUCAUUACUAAAAAUAAUAUUAAGAUAAUGGGGCUUUUUUUUUUUUCUUUUUUAGAAGAGCCAUGAUUUUCUUGUCAGUUGCCUUAACUUAACUUCACUCCUUCUGUAUUAUGUACUGUUUCUGUUUUUGUUGUGGCAUCUGUGCAGUUGAGAGCGAAUCAUUAUACUCUUGAUCAUGAUUUUUAUGCAGAUAAAUGGUGUUAAAGCUGCACAAGAAUACCCAUCCCCAAAUGCUAAUGGGAGUAACGGGACAGGUCUGCCGUUUGUUUUAUGUUUUGCUCGAAUGUCCUCACUUACUGUGUACUUUUCACAAAUGACCCAACUUGACACCAGUAAUUAGAUGUAGGUAAAUUAAAAAGAAAUGCGGUGUCUAUAACAUCUGUGAUUAAUGAGACAUUAUUUUCUGUUGGAGCAUCACUUUGUCAAAUUAGCUGCGAUUAACUAAAUUGUUUUCAGAUACAAGUCUACCUUAGUGCAGCUUUAACUCUCUUUAUCAGUGUUGAUGUGCACUGCUGACAACUACUUUAGAGUGUUAAAGUAAGAUGGGUAUGAACAUUUUGAUUUAAGUUACCCAGUAAAAAAAUCUGUUUCAGUCUUAUUUGUAAAAGUGGUUUAGAAAUGUAGCAGCUGGGUUUAGAUUUUGAUUAUUGAAGUGACACAAGCUCAUUUUAGGCAUGAAAGUGUGUUUUGUUUAAUUGUGUAAUGGAUUUCUUUUGUUUGUGUGGGGGUUUAUUUGUGCCACAUACACUCACCUCUUAUGGAAACCCCUUUAUGCCAGGGGAUUAAAAAUGACAAAAAUAUAGAAAUAAUAUUUUAAAAAAAUCUCAAAAACAAGAUUACAGAGUAAUAUCUAAUUUUAAUUUAUAGAAUUAUCUAUGUGAUAGUUAAAUCUCACAGCCAUGUCCUCAAUUCAGACCUACCAGGAGAUACAAAUCCUACCUUCUCAUAACUCUGGGAAAAUAAUUUGUAUUAUUAAUGUUUCUUUCUGUCGCAAAUGGGCCUCCAUAUGUUUCAGGUCAGGUCAGUUAAUUGUCAUUUAUUUCACAGCUUUUUUUCCAAGUGUGUUCAUUUGUGAGCGACUGUUAAAAACGUUUGGCCUGCGAGUGACUGUUCUCCCCUUGUGUUUUGCCACAAUAAGCUGCACGAUGCUAACAUUGUGGAAUUCGAAAUCAAUGCACAGCUCUAAUGGAGCACAACACACAGUAGGGGGUGCGUGUGUUGAGAAAAAAAUCAGUUUGUGUCUUGAUAUACGUAACUGCAAAGAAAAACUCGGAGAAGUAGCAAUACACAGUAUAGGAACUGGGUUAAAAAGUAUAAAAAUAGUUUAAGCUAUGUACAUUUAUUUCAGUAACAUGUUUAACUAUGCUAUAUUGUGCAAUAUUGCCUUUAUUUAAACUAUGUAAAGGUUAGUUGUGAUGUAGUUUUCUAAUGUGCAUGGGCAUUCCUUUUGUCACAUUCAUUUUUACUAAGGUGAUGCUGAAAGGUUAACUAGAGGUGAUUACUUUUUUUGAUCCGAGAGAAUGCUUUUGCACUACAGCACCUCUCCCACAAGUUACAUUUAGGUAAAUGCAAAUCAUCGUAUACAACAUGAUGUAUACAACACGUGUUUUCUAUGUUUUGAAUGACUGCCAGCCGUGAGAUUGAAACGACCUUAGUUCAAAUUAAUUAAUGUUAGUCCUUAAAGUCCCCGCUGGAACAGUCUAAAUGACACCUCAGCAAUACUCCUCCAAUUAAGACAAUCAACUAUUAAGUAAGUAAGAGUGACUUUAGAACACCGUGUGUCAAAAUGUUGAGCACUGCAAGUUAAAUGGUCAGUACAAUGAAACAUGAAUUGUGUAGGUUGCUAGUAAUGUGGUAUCAGUAACUAAAUUAGCCUUUGGUCUCAUAGUUUUAAGCUCUUUGCUUUCUGCAUUUUCCUUCAUUUUUUAAUCCAUUGACUGACUUUUUUUUUUUUUUUUUCAUUUUGACAGCUAUUAGUAUUAUUACAAUACAACUAAAUUUCUCAGGAAGCCAGCUAGUACUCACUUCUUUUUUGAGUUGAUUGCCUAUUUUUUUAUUACACCUGGUAUUUUUAUUAAUUUAAACAGUUGUUUUAUACAGUUACAGUUUUAUAUGCAUUUCUAUACAUUAUUUUCUAGUUUAGUGUAUUUAAUAUCGACUGCUGGUUUAAAACAAGAUGUGCUUGUGUUUUUAAAGAAAACCACUCUGUUUAACCUGGAUUCUGCAUUUUUCAUCAGUGACAUUGUAUAAAUCGAGCUGUGUUGUUUCUCAGUUGUGUUUUCAUUGUGAAUAGCACAGGUGUGUGUGUGUGUGUGUGUGUGUGUGUGUGUGUGUGUGUGUGCGUGCGUGUGCGUGCGUGCGUGUGAGUUGACAUGAUGAGACUUUCACCUCUCGAUAUUCAUCUCUGUUCUGUCCCCUGAUUUCCCUGAUAAGUUUGGGUGCAUUUAUUUUUCUCCCGACUUAAAUCCGAUCACAGGUGAUGUACAAAUUUGGUUUGGUUGCCAAAAGUUUUUUCAUUGAUAAGGAAGUCAUUGGUGAAUCAGUAUUGACAUGAAUGAUGUGACAGCAAGUAUUCUGUUUAACACGUGUCCCAUCCUCCCCUGCACACCAUCCACUAAAGGUAAAAUAAAAAAAUACAUUUGGUCGACCAAA